AUAGCUGGCGCUGGUCCAGGGGAGCGCUCAGGUAUCCUCGAGUUCCCCAUUUUCUUCCUCUGUUCAAGAUAUAAAGCGGGCCGCCCACCAUCACCUUUUUUCUUCUUCUCACUCCAUAUUGCUUUAUCUUCUCCUUUGAAUGCGCAGAAUGACAGUCGCAACCUUUGGCAAUUUCCUCAAGUCGCUCGGCAACAACACAGCGCUGCUGCACAACCCAACGAUCCACCAGGGCAAGCUGGCGCUGGUGCUGGGCAACGAGUCCGCCGACUUGGACUCGAUGGUCUCCUCGGUGGGCCUUGCCUAUGCCCUGUCAGCGCAGUACCCAGACACGCAGCACAUCCCGGUAAUCAACGUCAACCGGUCUGAUCUGGCGCUGCGGCCCGAGUGCGACCUGCUUCUGCGCGAGACCCUGAUGACCGAGGGCGGCAGCAUUGACGACCUGACAUUUAUUGAUGAUUUCAACCUGCAGAUGGUGACCGACCAGGGCGACAUCGGUAUCUGGCUCGCUGACCACAAUGCGCCGGCCAGCCGGCAGUCGUUUCUGGAGCGGUACGUGGUUGGCAUUGUCGACCACCAUGCUGACGAGGGCAAGUCCCAGGGCGCCAAGGUGCGGCAGAUUGAGACCGUCGGGUCAUGCUCGACGCUGGUUGCCGAAAGGAUCAAGGGAUUGGGUGAUUUGGUUGAGCCUACGCUGGCGCGCAUGCUCCUGGCGCCGAUUCUGAUCGAUACCACAAACCUGAGUCCGGCAGCGAAGCGUGCAACGCCCAAGGACAUCGAUAUGGCGGGUUGGCUGACGCCUCAAGUCGACUGUACACCGAUGGCCGAGGGCAAUGUGACUGCGGACAAUGAGACCUUGGCAGUAGCCGACCCUGCGCAGCUGUUCAAGACGCUGGAUAAGCUCAAAGGCAAGGUCUCGCACCUGUCAUCCCGUGACCUGUUGCGCAAAGACUACAAGCAAUGGCAGGUUGCUGACCCAUCGGGGACUGCGUGGUCGGUCGGAAUCAGCAGCAUCAGCUAUCGGCUGAAGAAAUGGCUGAAGCGCGACGGCAAAAAGGACAUCAAAAACGCCAUCCAGAGCUGGGUCGCUGAGCAGAAGCUGGACAUUGCUCUGGUCAUGACGCACGGCAAGGUCAAGGACGAGAGCGGCGAAAAGGCGUAUGGAAGGGAGCUUUUGGUGGUGUUCCCGGAAAGCACCGACAAGGCCGUGGUGGACAAGCAGGAGAAGGUGCUUAGGGCGCUGCGUGACACCGAGGAGCUGGAAUUGGCCGAGUUUUACGACCCUGCAAAGCCCGAGUACCUGUUUUUUGCUUCCCGAAAGCAGGUGUUUCCCGCCGUCAAGGCCAUCAUCGAGGGCAUUGAUUGCAGUGAGCAGCAGCCGGUAGCACGGCCAUCGCUCUAGGCACGUUUCGAGAUGCUAGAGAAUGGAAUGUCCCCCUUCCGCUCUGUGGCCAAUUUAUGUAUCCCUAGCUCACCAAUGUCGUUAAUUAAUUGCGCUGGUAGAGUGCAAACAUUGACACACAUCCCACAUGACACGCUUUGUCGUGGAGGCAUCAGCAUGCAAACAGCAACGUCAUGAGCGAGAUUUGUGGAGUGAGGGCAAGUAGGAUGGCACACAGACACGCAAAUAUGGCUGUGAAUUGAAUGCGAGCAAGGUUGAAGGCCGACAGCUCCAAUAUGUUUAGCUGGUGUUAAUGUUAGAGGGGGUUGGAAAAUUACAAAAGA